AUGGCAAAUAAUCAAUCCAUGCCAAGUAAUAAAAAAACCAUACAUCCGGCUUUCGCCGUUUCCAACAUCAAAGUUUUGAUCCCUGUUACACUAGAUAUCAAACAAGACGAAUACUCUUCAUGGGUUUUCCCAUUUCAACUUCAUCUUCAAGCGCACAACCUCCUUUUUCUUAUUGAUAAUUCUUCUCCCACACCAGAUCUUGACACUGCCACCAUACUACAACUUGACGCCCUAUGUCGUCAAUGGAUGUUCUCCACCAUGACCAAAGAUCUGAUGCUGACUGUUCUCAAAACUGGGAAAACUGCGAAGGAUUUAUGGAAUCAUCUCAAACAUCUCUUCCAAGACAAUAAAGGAAACCGCGCUGCCAGCCUUGAAAGUAAGUUCGUAAAUCUAAAAUUUAUUGACUGUAACAACGUUGAUGAUUAUUGUGAUAAGCUACAGGCACUCUCCAAUCGAUUGAGUGACCUCGAGUUUCCAAUGGAUGAAAAACGACUGGUUAUCCAACUUGUCAAUGGACUUCCGGAGGAAUAUAAUACUGUUGCCUCCUUCAUUCAACAAUCGAUGCCAUCUUUUGACACUGCUCGAUCUCAACUACGCACUGAAGAGAUUCGCCGUGAACAUCAAUCCACAUCAAAUACUCACGCUGCCCUUGCUGCCGGAACACCGCACGCCUCCCAUAACCUUCCUGUUGCUGCACAGCGUCAUCAACAAAGUCCGUUCUUCUCUACAGAACAGUCACCUCACUCCCUGGAUCGCACAGCGUCGUUGCUUCCCAACCCAACAGGCCCACUGCAUUCUCACCAGCAUCCCACUACUGGAUCGAACAGAAGCCCAAUACUGCCCAACCCAGCAAGCCCAUUUCACCCUUACCCACACUGGGCUUCUCCCUGA